AUUUCAGCAGCGCAGGUUGCACAAAUCCGUUCCCUAGCUCCGAUUCAGCUGCGUUGAAGCGCAGUGGUUCUUGUUUGCGAGUAGCUAUGGGCUAACCAUGAGCACCCUUGUCAGCCUACUGAUAUGAAUCUGAAGCAGAACAUGGAUACCUACUAAAUAUCAUGUAGCUUUCCAAGCUCUGACAAAUUAAUCAAUCCAAGUGUCUUUCUGGGCUGUCUUUGGACUGGUUGACAGUGCAGACAAGAUGGCGACGCAGAUUGUCGUUUUGAAAAGAAAAAAGAAGCAGAAGCGGAGGGAAGAGGAGGCCAGGCUUGCCACCAAGCAGGGCGAAGCUGCCCCCGAGCUCCCCUCAUUCAGCAACGGCAGGAGGCCUCCAGCGGCACGCCCACCAGCAGGCCUAGUGUCAGACACCUCGGAUGCAGAGUUCCCCUAUGGACAGCUGGGCUUGGAGGAUGGCCUUGACGCUGUGGAAGAACAGGAUCGAUCAGUUGUCUCAAGCGUCUAUGACAUCAUCAAGGAGGCCAAACAGCGGCAGACGCACUAUUGCAACCUGCUGUCCUUCCUCGUCUUUACGGCCCUGUACAUGACUGUCCUGUACAUGCAACAGAACAGUGCGCUCGUGUACCAACUGACGAAGGCCAGCUCUGCAAUUUUACCAGAGGGCAGCAGCUUCACGUAUGCCAACGACUUCUACGCAUACAUCAACGACACGUUUGUCACCACCAUCUGGGCGGACCCAGUGUGCGGCGAUGGAGUCUGCGACCGCCCAAUUGAAUUUAAUGGAUUUGGGCGUUUUGGGUGUACCCCCGACUGCGGAUCGAUGGAAACUGUGCCGGUGACAGUCUCGUUUGAGACCGAUUUCAAGACCGCGCGGGAUCAGGCCGACGCGGACUGGAACAUGUGCAUGACGUCUCCGGACCACCUGUGCUGGUUUGACACCAACCAGAAGUUUGCCGACCGGUCAGGGGCGUACGAGACGACCUUGAACCUCCCCAAUGGCACUUGGGAGGUCCGCCUGACGGCCCCGGGUAACGGUGUGUCAGGAAAGGCGACCACACAAAUUGUUGACCCGCUUGGCGCAGCUCAAGAUAUCAAGUUGUCGAGCUGGGGCACCUGUAAGCCGGACGCGGAGUCGGACCUGGUCCGCUGCCGCUCGAUCUGCGCAAAGAGCGUCGGUUGUGCUGUGGACGCCUGUUCGAAUGUCGAGGACCGCUCCUUGGCGGGCCUCUUCGUUGACUGCACUGGGCUCUGCAACGCAAACGUCACGGCCUUGGACCCUUACCAGAACCUAAAUUGUCUCCAAAUCGUGUCCCUUGCCAACAGCAGCAAUCACGACUCUUUUCUCAGGACCAGCGGCAAUACUUGCACUCUCGACCCCAUCUACGUCGCCGCAAAUCUUGACCAGGCGGCCGUGCUUCCUGCGCACUCACAAGCGCCCGUCAAGGGCACCGACCUCACAGGAGGCCGUCGCCGCCUCACGACUUCCGGCCGGCGCCUAUCCCAGGCCGGAAACGGAACCGAGCUCUAUUGGCAGCAGUUUGGCGACGGGGACAUCCAACGCUUCCGCAAUUUGGCCACGGCCCUGUCGAGAGCCCUCAAUACUUGGAUUAUUGACUCGUGCCUGGCUAAGUAUUAUAUGCCCCCCGCCACAACCGGGCCUAAGAUGCUCGGCUUCUUCUGCGCCUACUUUGGGGGCCCUGCUACGCUGCCGGGGUGCUCCUACACGGACCUGGUGACCAACACGACGCUGACGUCUGCUGACGUGGAUGCUCUGCAUGCUGUUCUGGAAAGAAGAUAUGGCGUGGGCAGUCCCUACAACAUCUCUCAGCCAGAGCAGAUCCGCUUCCUUGCGAUCCUGGUAAACGCUCUCUACGAAACCAUUGGGUUCACGUUGAGCGACGCGGACCUCGUCAACGUUGGGAAUCACCUGCACGAGACGGACGCUCAGAUUAUUCAGCUGGAAGUCAACAACUGCAAUCGUGUCAACGUUGUGCUGCCAUGGAAGCUGGACGUGCACUAUGUCACAAACAUCACCGCGGGUGAUUCCAUCCAGUUUGUCUGGGCCGACGCUUUGCCACACGCUGUCCAAGGCCUGAACAUGCAAGACUCUGCAGACAUCUUCAACGGAUUCGGAACUGGCCGUCGUAUCAUCUCGACUGACAGCAUAUGCAGCCCCGAAACUGUUGGAGCUGGAGAGAACGGCAGCUUCUUGUCGGACCCUGUGCCAUGCAUUGUUCGGUCUAACAACGUUCUCAAAGCAGCUCAAACGGCGACAUCAGCCUUUUCUGUCGCGCAAGUAUUCACGGAGCCUGGUGUAUACCAGUACCAGGACGCCCGCUACGGAUCUUCGAUGUCUGGAACGGUGUACGUGACGCCAGCGGACGGCGGUCUUCCUCGCACGGUGACACCUGAGGACCAGCGCGAGUGCGCGCCCGGGUGUGCUGUCCGCUUGCUGAACAACGGUCGCUGUGGCGCCAGCCGCGGCUGCAAUUCUGUGGUUUGCGCUUUCGACGGCGGGGACUGCUCCUGCCCGGAUCCUGCGACCGUGCUGGCGACCACCUCCACUGGAAGCGGAACCAACAAUCUGUGCAAGUGUCCCCCCGGACAGAUCAGGAGCGACGCCGGCGAGUGCUGCCAAGCGGAAGCGAUCGGCCAGGAUUUCCAUGCGACCUUUGAAGUUGCUAUUCUGAACGACCGGGAGUCUCCCUUCGACCCCAGCAACUCCACAAGGACCCGCUACGCGACCAAUCACAACAGGAUAAUUGGCGGCCUAUACAUGAGGCAGAAACGAUUCGGAGGAGAGCUGUGCAAUGACAAACGAUUCCUGAGCCUCUUCCAAUACUGCACCAAAGGCGAGAGCAUUGCGCCCUUCGGCGUGGACCCAGUCUUCGUGCCGCUGUCAUCCCUCUUCAACCCAAGUCAGGUCGCCAAAAUUGGUGACUACUACACCCCGGAAGAGGUCACCGCCCUCGGGGUUCCCAUGGGCUUUUACAGCGAGGACUCUGGGUCAGGCGACCCGGGCUUCCCUGUGGUCUUCGACAUCAACCUAGACCAAGCCGGGGCGCAGGCCCGGUUGCAAAUGCUGGUAGACGGGCUGUUCCUGGAUAACGCCACCGAUACCCUUCUGUUGCACUUGGUCACCUACAAUGGCGACAGCCACUUCUUCGUAAGCACGGAGGUCCGGCUGACCUUCCAGCGCGCGGGCAAGAUUGCGGUCAACACCAACAUCAACGGAGUAAACGUGCAGCCCUACCGGCGGCCGGUUGACUACUUCCUGGCGUGCCUGGAGAUUAUCGUGGCGUGCUCCAUCUUUUUUGGGGCCUACAAGGAGAUUCUGGAAGCGAUAACGAUUCGGCGCAAGAAGGGCACCUUCUGGCCCUACUUUGCGAAGGCGUGGAACUACAUCGACCUGGCAUCGCUCACGCUGCUCGUGACGGCCGUCGUUAUGAGAGUCAUCUUCGUGGCAUCUCUGGCGCCCACGUUCCACGCGCGCGCGCGCUACGAGAUCUACGAGAGCCUGACGCAGACGGCGCGCUUCUUCCAGCUCAAGAAGGACGGCUCCGAGCUGCACGACUUCACGCUUCUCCUCGAGAAGGUCCACUACCUCAUCUCGUACGACGCCGUAUACGCGGGCAUCAACGGGAUCAACAUCUUCUUCAUGAUCCUGCGCAUCCUGAAGCACAUGCACUUCCAGCCGCGCAUGGGCGUGCUGACGCGCACGCUGGUGGAGGCGGGGCCCGACAUCCUUAACUUCUUCAUCCUGUGGACCAUCGUCUUCGUGGGCUACUCCUUCAUGGGCCACCUCGUCUUCGGACGCUCUGUCGACUUCUUCCGCAGCUUGGGAUGGUCCAUCACAUCCUGUUUCCUCUUGAUCCUCGGAGACACAUCGUUUGAAUACGAUCUGAUGACGCUUCAAGGUUGGGAGUUUGGUGCCGGCCAGUUCUUCUUCUGGACCUUCAAUUGGUUCAUCGUCUUCAUUAUUAUGAACUUCCUGAUUGCUAUCGCAGUCGACGCCUUUGUGGAUGUCAAGGAGAAGACCGAGAGCGCCCCAACGAUGCCGGAAGAACUGGCCGAGUACGCGUACUGGUACGUUCAGUCGAUCGUCAAGAAGCGGCUCUCGCAGAAGAAGUUGCUCAAGCAGCUCAAGGUCUGGCGGCAGAAGGCGCGCCUCACGACCAAAGCCGGCGACAGAAAGGGUAUGGACGUUGACACUCACGACGAGGAGGAGGCAAAGGACGAGAGCGAGCUGGUGCUCAAGCUAGGCGGCAAGAACAUCGACGGCGAGUCGCUCCAGAGCAUCUUCGAGAGACGGUGCCAGGACCACGACGACCCGGCAGGCCGGCCGGAGCGAAUCGCAAGGCAGAUUCUGGUCGAGUACGGGGACCACGUGAAGAAGCAGGUCAAGCAUGCCAAGAAGCCCAAGAAGAACGCGGGGCUUUUGGAACUUACGGGCGCCGUCCGCAACUUGGAUCUGCGCAUGCGCCACAUGGGGGACCGGUUGGAUGCUAUCCACAGCGACUUGGCCGCCGGGAGGCUCGGGCGGAGCGUCAUUCCUGAGGGGCGCGAGGAUAAAGACGAUGAUGGCAUGGAUGACGGAGUCGAGGGUUCGGACGGCACUGACUGCGAUUACGCUGGCCCAACCACGCAAAGGAACCAGCUCUUCGAGAAGCAGUAGUAACUUAAAGGUCGGUCAAGGUUUGAGGAAAAAGGAGCAAGUCUGACACGGCAAUAUGUACAGGUAUCAAGCAAAGUGCUCUGAGCGUUGGAGUCUCCGUGCCGGGAUUUUUUAACAAGAUUUUGUAAGAUAUAAAGUGACAGGAUAUUACAAGCUGGAAAGAGUUGAAUCGAUACGGCGAGUAGCUCAUACUAUCUAUGAGGGGGCGGACGGUGACUCUAUUGGCAAGUGACCAGCUACGAGUAAGAUGGUAGGCAAGCAGGCCUGCCCGUUUUGCCCCGUCGAAGUCUCAUAAGUAUAAACCUGCUGAGCAAAUGUAUAGCCGAAAAGCUUACCUUUUGCGUCUUAAAGGGUCAUAGAGGCGAGCGCGCAGCGGCUGAUUGCAGCAUUGUCACGCUGUGUGGCCUCGUUGCCGUGACGGCUCGGAUACACGUGGCAAUUGUGCCUCAUGC